AAAGAAAUCCAUGUAAAAGUAAUAAUGGAGAGUGCUAGAGGCUCACGCAGCGUAAGACUGCAGAGGAAGAAAGCUGGGGGUGCAGGUGACUAUCAGUCAUUAGGGUUUAGUGUGAAAGGAGGCUGUGAACAUGGGAUUCCCAUUGUUGUGUCAAGUGUAGAGAAAAAUGGACCAGCUGCACUUUCUAUUCGUCCUGGAGAUGAAAUACUUUCCGUUAAUGGCAUCAGCCUUCAAGGUAUCAGCCAUAAAGAAGCUGUUACCUAUCUCAGGAGUGUAAAGGGUUCCUCAGUUAUUCUUCAUAUAAAAUCGAACCCAGUACUGCAAGACACUUUCUCUUCACACCCUCAGGUACCAUUUUCCUCAUUAGUCUCUAGCAUAAAGGAAGAUGUUGAUUCUACUGAAGCAACUGAUGAUGACCCAGCUCCACUUCCAAAAGGAUGGGAAAGGAAAGUGGACUUUAAAACGGAUAGGCCAUACUUUGAAAAUCAUUACACAAAAACCUCAACAUGGGUUGAUCCCCGUUCCCUUUCCCCUCUUCCUCUCGAUGACUACAACUGGGAAGCUCUGCCUCCUGGCUGGGAGAAGUUUGUAGAUCAAUAUGGUGACACUUACUAUGUAGAUCACAAUACACAGAGAACAAUGUGGGACUCCCCCAGGGGGCUGAGAGAGCAAGAGCAAUUGAAAGAGCUCCAAUCAUUUAUAAAAGAAGAAAAAACUAAACUUAAAGAAAAACAAGAAGAAAUAAAGGAAAAACGCGCCCUCAUUCUUUGCAAGAGUGAAGAGUUGAGCAGUCAGAAAUCUUUGGGAACUUUAGAGAAGACUCAAGAGAGUAUUGACGCUGAAUUCAAUGAAGACGGUGAACCCAGUGGAGAUAUUGUUGAAGAUAUGAUGAUACUGAAUGAAGAGACUCAGGAAUUAGAAGCUACUAUACACAGGACUCAGUAUCAACUACAGGAACUGAAUAACAUAUUAAGUAAGGCUCAGUCAGAAGAAAUAGGUGAAUCCAACGCAUACAAAGGAGCUACCAUCAUUGCUGCAGAUUUGAAAAGAAAUGCCACAGAAUUCCAAGAGCUUAUAUUCUCAAUACAAGCACUUCUACUAUCACUAGAAGAGCUACAUCAAUCCGACACCAAUGAGACUCCACUUAGCUACAUGUUGCAGUUACAGCAACCAAAGCACCAAACGAAAGAAGAAAUGACUAGAACAACAGAAUGGAUACACGUCCUUGGUGACAAACUAACCGGAAAAACAAACACUGAAAUGAGACUUGAGAACCUGAUUCUUCAAAUCCUGUUACCUUCAGUAAGACUAUUAUUGCAGCAGGUGACUGAUUUGUGCAAAAAAGUGAAGGAGACACGUGUGCUUGUUGACUGGGACGGUAUAGUUGGACAGCUAGUUAGUAUGGACAUGUCUGUUCUUAAGGAAGAAUGGAUUCAUUGUGAGGAUUUUAGGGAGAAGUUACAAAGAGUGACAAAUCAAUGACUUAUAAAGAAUCUUCUUUUCUAUAAGAUAUUUAUUUUUUAAUUGCAUUGUUUGCUCUGUGUGUCAUGCAAAGUGUUUUUGUCUUGAUAUGAGUCCUCUUGAAGUUGGAUACUGACUCUCA